AUCAAAUCCAGGCCAUGUCAUCGAACCAGAAAGCCAUAUUCAAAUGGAAGUGUUGGAUUUGCAGGAUUUUCAAUAUGAAAGUGACCAAGAACCGGAUUAUGACAUGUUAUCCAGUGACAGCAAUGAAGAAUUUGAUUCUGAGGGUUGCAUUGAAGAAACUGACCCUUGCACUGAUGUCAAAAGGAAGUUGGCUGAUUGGGCAGCAAGUCGCAACAUUUCACACAGUGCCCUGUCAGAACUACUACAAAUUUUAGUGCAGUGCGGCCUGGAUCUUCCCAAAGAUCCAAGGACUCUUUUAUCAACUUCAAAAACAUGUGAAGUCAAAGACAUUGGAGAUGGGUGUUAUCAUCAUUUUGGGAUAUCAAAUGCUCUAACUACAUUGCUAUCACAGCAAUCUCAACCUUCAGUUGAGUCUCUAACUCUUCGUGUCAACAUUGAUGGAUUGCCCCUCUUCCGAAGCUCAAAAAUGGAGUUAUGGCCUAUUUUGGCCAAAGUCAAAGAAAUUCCAGGAUGUAAUGUUAUUAUCAUUGGUCUGUAUGCAGGUCCUACAAAGCCUAAUUCUGUUGAGGAAUACCUGAAGGACUUCAUCCAGGACCUGAAGCAUGUAACUCAGACACAUAUGAGGAUGCUCGACGCAAGCUUGCACGAGCAGAGGCUACUUCUGAUCUUCAAACAGACAACGAUGUACCAAAGAAGAGACAAAGAAGGCGAUCCAUGAGAGCCCCACCCCUUGAAUCAAGUGAAGAGGAAUC